AUGCAGCUGAAACAUAGGUUGAGCAGUAUCAAGAUAGGAAACUUAGUAAAUGAGUAUGUGUCAGCAUUAAAAGGAACAAUUGAUGCUUUAGCUUCAGUAGAAGAACCAAUGCGUGAGAGUGAUCAUGUAAAUGCUAUUCUGAAUGGGUUAACAGAAGAGUAUAGCUCAGUAAUCACCUCAGUAGUGGCAAGGCCAGUGAGCAUCUCGGUUGGAAAAUUAGAGACUUUGCUAUUAACUCAUGAAAGUAUGUUGGAGAGGUUCCAAAAACCAGAAUCGUUUAUACAAGAAAAUGUAGUACAAAGUUCACCAGGUUACUCUCAGAGCUUUAACUCAAGAAGUGGCUUCAAAGGAGGUUUCAGAGGAGGUCACAGAAGCAAGGGUGGUGGUAGACAGAUGAGAUGUGAUAGAAACUUCUAUAGUAAUGGUCAAUCUGGUGUCAACAAUUCCAGAUUUAGAACUCGGGCUUACAAUAAUCCAAGUUUUGGUGGUGCUGAAGGGGCAAGAAUGUUCAACAAUGAAAGGCAGCAACAGUAUAAUGGUUCAAGAAUGUUCAAUGAUGAUAGGCCUAUUUGCCAAGUGUGUGACAAGUCUGGAUACACUGUCAAGACAUGCUGGUAUAGGUAUGAUCCACCAGUAAGCUCCAGAACUUAA